AUGACUACCGUAAUUAAUACGCCAAAUUUGCAGACUAUUCCAGCUCAGCAACCUCAAAUAUUGCAGCACCCACAGGUAAUGCAACCGCCACAAAUAAUCCAACAACAACCACAAGUUAUUCAUACUCCAAUUCAGCAAGGCUGCUGUGGUCCAAUGCCAAAAAUUAUACCAGAUAACUUGCGACCUGCAGUAUUUCGAGUGGGCAUUUGUGCGUUAGUGAAUGGUCUUAUAUCCACCAUUUUUGGUAUAGUGGGCUUUUUUACCACCAGUGUUCGAAUUCAAGGCCACCAUUAUACUUAUUAUUAUUCCAACGUUCUGGCUUAUAUUGCUCCUGAUAUUUGGUGCGGAAUAUUUAUAAACAGCUGCUAUUCCUUCUCUAUUAUGAGCUUCAUUUUGUCGCUCUUCCAUAUUGGUCUCAGCUUUGGCUUUAUUUUUCAUUACCCAUCUCAUUUCACAGUUUGGUUCAAUAUUGUGUCGCUGAUAUUAGCGUUGUGUGGAUCGGCUUUCUCCUUAACCCACCUUAUAAUCCUUAGCCGCAAUUUAUAUUGCAGAUCGAAUGAUUCGAAAAUGGUUGCUGUUCAGUAUAACGGAAGCAAUCAAGUUGUCACUUUUGGACAACAAGCUAUCGUCUAUCCAACGUCUCAGCCAGUAUAUUUACAGGCUGCACCCGGGGGACACUAUACUACAGCUAUGAAUCCUAAUUCAGUAGCACCUACAUCAAUUCAGCAAGUAGCACCUCCACAAUAUGGAAAUUUACCUCAAACCAAAAUAUCAAAUUAA